AUGGGUCAUUACAUUACAAUUGCUACCUGUAAUUUAAAUCAAUGGGCACUUGAUUUUGAAGGAAAUCGUGAUCGUAUUAUUGAGAGUAUUAGACAAGCAAAGAAACAAGGUGCUAAGCUUAGAGUUGGACCAGAAUUAGAAAUUUGUGGAUAUGGAUGUUUAGAUCAUUUUAGUGAAAGUGAUUUAUAUCAACAUUCAUGGGAAAUUUAUGGAGAUAUUAUUUCUCAUCCCGAUACUAAAGAUAUUUUAUUAGAUAUUGGGAUUCCAAUUAUUCAUAAAUCUAAUAAAUAUAAUUGUAGAAUUAUUUCAUAUAAUGCAAAAAUUUUAUUAAUUAGACCUAAAUUAUAUUUAGCUAAUGAUGGAAAUUAUCGUGAAAUGAGAUAUUUUACUCCUUGGAAUAGACCAAAAUAUUUUGAAGAAUAUCAAUUACCUAAAUUUAUUAGUAAAAUUACUCAACAAUCAAGAGUUACAUUUGGAGAUUGUGUAAUUGAAACUUUUGAAACAAGAUUAGGUUGUGAAACUUGUGAAGAAUUAUUUACUCCUCAAUCUCCUCAUAUUGAUAUGAGUCUUGAUGGUGUUGAAAUAUUUACAAAUUCAAGUGGUUCACAUCAUGAAUUAAGAAAAUUAGAUACAAGAUUAGAAUUAAUAACUGAAGCAACAAAAAAAUGUGGUGGAGUUUAUCUUUAUUCAAAUCAACGUGGUUGUGAUGGUGAUAGAUUAUAUUAUGAUGGUUGUGCAGCCAUUAUUCUUAAUGGUAAAGUAGUUGCUCAAGCUUCUCAAUUUUCUUUAAAUGAUGUCGAAGUAGUUUCUGCAACUAUUGAUCUUGAUGAUGUUAGAUCUUAUAGAAAUCAAAAAUCGGCAAGUCUUCAAUCAGUAAAUAGAAAAGAUAUUUAUAAAUCACUUUAUUGUGAAAUUGAUUUAUCACCAACUUCUAAUGUUUUUAAUCCUCUUAUAGUUCCAACAUCUACUAGACCAAUUAGAUAUCAUUUACCAGAAGAAGAAAUUGCCUUAGGACCUGCUUGUUGGUUAUGGGAUUAUUUAAGAAGAUCUAAAACUGGGGGUUAUUUCUUACCAUUAAGUGGUGGUAUAGAUUCUUGUGCAACUGCUGUUAUUGUUCAUCUGAUGUGUAGAUUAGUAGUUGAAGCAAUUAAAGAUGGCAAUAAACAAGUAUUAAAUGAUAUUCAAUCAUUAACUCAUGAUUCAAAUUUUAUUCCAAAUACUCCUCAAGAAAUUGCUGAAAAAUUAUUUCAUACUAGUUUUAUGGGUACAGAAAAUUCAUCAAAGGAAACAAGAACUAGAGCUAAAGAAUUAGCUAAAAAAAUUGGUGCUUAUCAUAUUGAUUUAAAUAUGGAUACAUUAGUUGGAGCCGUUAUUUCAGUAUUUGAAGUUGCUACUGGUAAAAAACCAAUUUUUAAAAUUUUUGGUGGUAGUCAAACUGAAAAUUUAGCAUUACAAAAUAUUCAAGCAAGAUUAAGAAUGGUUUUAAGUUAUUUAUUUGCUCAAUUAUUACCUUGGACUAGAAAUAAAUCUACUGGAGGUUUACUUGUUUUAGGUAGUGCAAAUGUUGAUGAAUGUUUAAGAGGUUAUUUAACUAAAUAUGAUUGUUCAUCAGCUGAUAUAAAUCCAAUUGGAGGAAUUUCAAAGACUGAUUUAAAAAGAUUUAUUGCUUGGGCAGAAAUUAAAUUUGAAUUACCUAUUUUAAAUGAAUUUUUAACGGCUACUCCAACGGCUGAAUUAGAACCUAUAACUGAAAAUUAUGUUCAAAGUGAUGAAAUAGAUAUGGGAAUGACUUAUGAUGAAUUAUCAAGAUUUGGGAGAUUAAGAAAAGUAGAUAAAUGUGGUCCAUUAUCAAUGUUUAUUAAAUUAUAUCAUGAAUGGUCUCAACCUCCUUUAAAUCUUACUGCUGAACAAGUAGCUGAAAAAGUUAAACGAUUUUGGUUCUUUUAUGCCAUUAAUAGACAUAAAAUGACAACAAUGACUCCUGCUUAUCAUGCAGAACAAUAUUCUCCUGAUGAUAAUAGAUUCGAUUUAAGACCAUUUUUAAUUAAUCCAAGAUUCCCUCAUGCCUCAAAGAAAAUAGAUGAAGUUGUCGAAGAUAUUAAAAGAAGAGAAGAAGAGAUACAAAAGAACAAUAUUAGUGUAGAGUGA